AUGUCGAAGCUGCACACAUUAGUGGACAUUUGCAUGGUGCCGCUAGGUACUAGCUCACCAAGUGUCUCAGACUAUGUCACCAAGAUUGAGAAACGAAUUAGGGAGAGUCACUUGAAAAGCACUAUGCACAGCUUUGGAACGACGAUUGAGGGCCCUUGGGACGAGGUCAUGAGCCUCAUCGGCCAGUUGCACGAAUACAGCCACGAAUUGGGAUACGUUAGAAUCCACACCGAAAUGAGGCUCGGAACUAGAACAGACAAACAGCAGACUGCGCAAGACAAGGUAGACGUGGUUGAAAAGAAGCUCUCCGAUUACUAG